AUCUUCGUCGUGGACCGCUUGAAGAAGGACCCGCUGCCCAGCGCGGCAGGACUCGAGCUCUUCUUGUUGAAGAGCCUCAACCUCAAUCAUUCGAACAAUGCCACAACACUUUCGAGAUUGUCGAGAAAGCAUACGAAGACCUCCGUAGACUCGCCACUUCAUAGUUCAUGGAGGAAGACCCAAAGGGAAACACACAGACGAGGACUUCUGUGUUCUCAACUUCCAAACUCUCAUGUCCGACGGCGACAUUCCCUUUUCUGACAAGCACGCUCUUAUACGGGCGCAGACUUUUCUUGACUCCGGUACACGCACAACCGCCUCAGCCUUCAUCCGUCCAUGGAUCCCACGCUUCCCCCCACGCUGCCUCCGAAACCCGAGCAGCGAUCGCGCAACACCCACGACACUCACUUCCGCCGAGGUCCUGCAUCCUGAGCAGCGAUGUCGAUACAAAGACAAGGCACUCACCAGCUACUGA